AUGCCUGACGCCUCUGGACAUCUGGGCAAACAAGUUGAAGGGCAUGGCGGGAUGAAAGCCUGUGGCCGCGUGCAAGUCGUUAAUACUGAUGAUGGGGCUACGGCCGACGAGGACGAGCCGUCUCAGCCUCUCGGUAUCGUCGUCCUUGAGCUGCUGCUCCGCAUCUUCAUCCUGGCCAGUAAGGCCUUCGGCACGGCGCGCACAGGCGUUGUCAAUGAAGAUGAUUUGGUGGCGGCUGCACGUUUGAUGAAGCCUUCAGCCGAAAGCCAACCCUUCUGCCGAUUGUCCUGGCUUUGA